UAAGUCAAAACAAACAUUUGCAAAUCACUCACGGAGAUAGAUAUUCUUUGAAAGAGUGAACAAACCCCACCCAAAACCCUCACAUUCUCACUCUGGUUUUCUUUGUUUCUCAAUCUUUUCACAUAUAGAUGCAUGUUAAUGUAUUAUAUAUGUGUUUUUAUGCAUGAAAUUUGAGUAUGGCUCUUGUCCCUAGCCACCAAUUCUACCCAAGAACCACAAGGCUAUCAUUCCUCAGGUACAAUUCAAUUAUUCCCUUCAAAAAACCAAAUUUUCAUACAACCCAUGAUAAGAUUGUCAAUCAAGAUCGCAUUUUUAAGCAAACCCCACCAAAAAGAUCAAAUUUUGUGCUGAAAAACAAGGCCAAAACAUGGAAUUCAAAGCCCAAAGUUAGUGCUACUAGUGUAUUUAGCAGUUCUUGGUUAGGUAAAUGGAAUGAAACCCAUAAUGAAAUUAAGCUAAAAAAGCCUCAAAUUGUGCUUAGUUAUAGGAAUAAUGGAGAUACAUCUGGUUCUGAUUGUGAAGAAAGUAGUAGUGGUGCUAGUAGUACAAUGGAUAGAAUUGUUGAGAAAUUGAAGAAAUUUGGGUAUGUUGAUGAGGCUAAACCGAAGGAUAAAAAGGUAAUUAGAGAUGUUGAAAAAGGGUCUAUUGAGGAUAUAUUUUUUGUUGAAGAAGGAAUAUUGCCAAAUGUAAGAGGUGGGUUUUCCGAGGAAUCCCCAUUCGGGGAUGAGAAUGUGUUUGUUAAAGAUGGUGUGGUUAAAUUUCCCUGGGAAAAGCCAUUGGUGAAAGAAGAAGAGGGGAUUAAUUCGAUGAGCAGCCGGAGUAGGACUCAUUUGGCUGAGCUGACACUUCCUGCUUCUGAGCUCAGAAGGUUGACAAAUUUGGCUCUUAGGAUAAAGAACAAGAUGAGGAUUAGCGGUGCUGGUGUUACGCAACAAGUUGUGGAAACCAUUCGCGAGAAGUGGAACACAUCGGAGGUUGUCCGGUUGAAAGUUGAAGGUGCUCCUGCACUAAAUAUGAAGAGAAUGCAUGAGAUUCUAGAGAGGAAAACUGGUGGACUGGUGAUUUGGAGAUCUGGCACUUCUGUGGCUCUUUACAGAGGUGUCAGUUAUGAGACUCCAUCGGAGCGAAUGAAGAAGAGGAUAAUGAGAAAUGAGAUUCGUCGUAAGAACUCUCCAAUAGUUGAUGAUGAAAGUAAUCAAAAUCCUUCAGAAAGCAGUCCUGGCAAUUAUGUGAAUUCACUCCGACCAGAAUCUGCAAAUGCUUCUGAAGAGAACGGAAAUAUCGUUAGACAACCAGAAGUGAACUAUGAAGAUGAAGUAGACAAAUUGUUAGAUGGCCUGGGGCCUAGGUAUACAGAUUGGCCGGGAGCUGAGCCACUUCCUGUAGAUGCAGAUUUACUUCCAGGUAUAGUCCCCGGAUAUCAACCUCCGUACAGACUUCUCCCUUAUGGGGUGAGAUCUACUCUUGGGACGAAGGAGGCAACCGUUUUAAGAAGGCUUGCCAGAAUUCUGCCUCCACAUUUUGCUUUAGGUAGAAGCAGGCAGCAUCAAGGUUUGGCGUCAGCGAUGAUUAAGUUGUGGCAAAGAAGUUCAAUUGCAAAGAUUGCUAUAAAACGUGGCGUCCAGCUUACUACAAGUGAGAGAAUGGCUGAAGAUAUUAAGAAAUUAACAGGGGGCAUGCUACUCUCUAGAAACAAGGACUUCUUGGUAUUUUACAGAGGUAAAGAUUUUUUGUCACCAGAGGUUGCAGAAGCCUUGUUGGAGAAAGAGACAUUGGCAAAGACGUUGCAAGAUGAAGAAGAGCAAGCUAGGCUACGAGCAUCAGUCUCACUCACAGCAGGUGUUGCAACAAUUGAUUCUUCAAGGACAGCUGGCACACUAGGAGAAACUUUGGAUGCUGAUGCUAGAUGGGGGAAAAGGCUGGACGACAAGGACAAGGAAAAUGUGAUGAGAGAAGCAGAAAUAGUAAGGCAUGCUGACUUGGUCAGGAAGCUCGAAAAGAAGCUUGCAUUUGCGGAAAGAAAGUUAAUGAAAGCUGAGCGUGUGUUGUCAAAGGUGGAGGAAACUUUAAAUCCGUUGGAUAGGCGUGCAGAGCCUGAUAGCUUAACAGAUGAGGAGAGAUUUAUGUUUCGGAAGCUUGGGCUAAGGAUGAAAGCUUUCUUACUUUUGGGUAGGCGUGGAAUUUUUGAUGGUACGGUGGAGAAUAUGCACUUGCACUGGAAGUACCGUGAACUGGUCAAAAUCAUGGUGAAGGCCAAGAAUUUUGAGCAAGUAUCAAAAAUUGCAUUAGCCCUUGAAGCGGAGAGUGGGGGCGUUUUGGUUUCAGUGGACAAAGUGUCCAAAGGAUAUGCUAUAAUUGUGUUCCGUGGUAAGGACUACAGUCGGCCACCUACUCUGAGGCCCAAAAAUCUUUUAACCAAAAGAAAGGCACUGGCACGUUCAAUAGAACUUCAGAGACGUGAGGCACUUCUGAAGCAUAUUUCAACAGUUCAAACAAGAGUACAACAGCUUACAGCUGAAAUUGAGCAACUGGCUAGUGUGAAAGACUCUGGAGAUGAUGAACUAUAUGAUAAGCUAGAUUCUGCUUAUUCAACUGAAGACGAGGAUAGUGAGGAGGAAGGAGAUGAUGCAUACAUAGGGGUUUAUGACAGUGAUGUCGAUGUUGUCAAUCGUAGUGAUGAUUCAGAUGAUACUCCACAUCCAGAAACAGAGUUCCAACACCUUCAUCAAAAUGAAUCACAAAGGGAGCUUGUUUGAGUAAUACUGUUCUUGACCCUCCGAGGCGUGUUACAGUGGUUAGUACAAAUGAGAGAGAAGAAGCUAGAUACAGAACCGAUAUUCCACAUUCAGAACCGGGCUUAUGGAAGCAGCACGACAUAAUUAAUCAAAAAUCUGACUGUUGAUACUUUACAUGAUGCUGCAAUUUUAAGGCUUUUAGCUCCAAAAGAAAGGAGGCCUGCGGUUUGGGGGGUUGGGGGCACUAAUUUUAUUGAGCAUCUCUGUACAUAUUUUCUCCCAUUCUUCUUUUUGAUAAUAGAUCUUGCUAAUAUUAUUAGCUUUGGAAAAAGACCUUUGUCUGAAAAGAUCAA